AUGUCACUCUCCUCGCCCGGCACCGAGGCUCUGGCGUCGCUCACGCUUCGCCAUCCUCACCGCCACAAGGGCAGAGCCCGAGCGCGGCGCACUGAACCAUACCCUCCCUCCACGGUCGUCACCGACGGCUCUCGCGAGGCGAGCGACACGCAAUGUGAUCUCCAUGCCAUCAAUGGUAAUCCCCCAACAUUCGACCUGGGGCUUGGAGACCAGACGUGCAAGUACGCUCAGUAA